AUGACUCUAAAGAAGGUGGCUCCUGAGCUCCGUCUCGCGGCCACAAUAUCGGGGAGUAUCACAAUCAUAACAUCAGUAGUCAAUAUAGUAUUAACCGUCAUAGCAAUAAUAUUUCGAUUCACAUGCAGUACAGGCGAUCCCGGCUCGAUGUCAGGAGCCAAACUAUUUAUGACAACUUUAUACAGAGUGUACAUACAAGAUGAUUCCUGUACAAAUUCACUGUCCGUAGAAGAUAUUACAAGUUCACAAACGGUGUUCAUAUUGACAUGUAUAACUUUGGCAUUCGCGGUGGUCAAUUUUAUCUUGGCGUCAUCCCUGAUUGCUACUGUUAUCAACCCAGAGAGUUCUUCAUGUCUAACGGUGACCGCAUAUUUGUAUGUUGGAGUAUCUUUUUCGGUUUUGAUUGUCGAUCUUACAUUGGCCACACACUUUGGGUUAGAUAUGACGUCACUGGCUAAUAGACUUAAUAAUGCCUCUGCUGGAAUUGAAGAGAGGUAUAUGACGGAUAUAUUACGUUUAGGGGCUUUAGUUCUCAUGUCUGUAACGCUCAAAGGAUAUAUAUUUCAUGUAGUCAACACUGUUUUAUUGGUAUAUAUUGUUAUAUACUUAAUUGAGCACCAGAAAUCCGACGACAGAAAUGAGCACAACAUUCAUAAGCUGGGAGUUCUGAACGCGUUUGAUUUUCCAAGACCACACAUAGACUCUUGGCGAACGCGAUCAGACAAUUUUGCUGGGGAUACUAGAGGACAACAGCAAUGGAACCGUGGUUACCAGGAUGACGAGCCACGAGGGCGAGACCGUGAAACUGCUUUAGCGGAUAUGUCAAAACCCUUUCAACGUUCGGAAUCAUGGCUUCGCACCCAGCCCAACACGUCACACAUGAACAACCGUCCGUUCUCGUACUUAGAGGAACCAACGCGUUCACCAAAGUCACAAGCAGAACCUAAUUGGCACAGGGAGUGGCCGCCACAACCGCCAGUACCAAUGCCAGAUUACACACCACCAGCAAGACGCCUAAAAUCCGCCCUGAAACAGGGCUAUCCUUAG